UGUAUGGCAUACACAUUUUGACGCAGUUAACAUUGCAGUAAAUCGCACAUUGUACGUUUUUUCCACUGGUGAGCAAAAAUAAAAAAAACACAUCAGCAUCUGAUCGAAUUACAGCUAAGGUGUGCGGAUAAAUUAUUUCUUUAGUUUUGCUUUUUAUUACCCAUAUUUGAUUUUUUUCCCUUUUUGAUUGAAAAUAGUUAAUUUUGAAGAAGGUCAUCGGUAUAACGCACAUUGGAUUCUCCUUAGCCUCAUUUAACAACAAAAUACCGAAUGUCACAUCGUCAUUGAGCACAAGCAUCGUCCUUAACGUAGAGAGAAAAACAACCAAAUUUUUUUCGAUUUUUCAAAUAAACGAAAAUUGUAAAGAGCACAAAAAAGUAUUAUGUCAGCGGAGGUUCAUCAAAAUGAAUUUUUUCACAAUCCAUAUGAAUCGAAUGCGACAAAAUUUUAUGAUCUAAACGAUGACUGUGUGCUAGAAAUUUUUCAACGAUUGUCUGUAUUGGAUUUGUGUGCAAUACGUUAUACUUGCAAAAGAUUUGAUGCACUUGCUGAAUAUUUUUUCAAAAUGGUUUACAAAACGUUGAAUUUUAGCAAUACGAAUAUAAAAGGUGAAUAUUCACUAUUAACGGAGGAUGAAAUGAAAACAAUUCUCAAUACAUUUGGCGGUCAAAUGGAUUCGGUGACAGUGAAUGCAGACUCAUUUGAACCGGAAUCAAAGGUUGUGCUCCAAAUUAUCAAUGAAUACUGUGGUGCCAAGCGUUUACGCUUUUUUAAAAUGGUUAAAUUUGUAAUCGACGAUGAAACGGUCGAACGUUGCAAUCGUCUCUGGUCCAAUAUCGAUCAAUUAACGAUUGAUAAAUGCUAUGUGGAUGAUGAUGUGCUAAAGGAAUUAUUACAAAAAUGUUCAUCGCUUAAUCAAUUGGAAAUGAUACGUCAAAUGAACACAGAUGGUCGUUGUUUGAUGCACGAAUUUCCCCAACUCGAAGGCUUUUCAUUGCGAUCGAAUGAUAACUUUGAUCCAUUGUGCAUGAAUACAUUCCUGAAGAAAAAUACACAGCUUCGAUCGUUGUCGUUGAUUGGCUGUAAUUUUGUUGAUGACGAAAUUUUCGAAAUUAUUGCCGACAAUCUCAUCAAUUUGGAAGCAUUGUACAUUCGUGUGGUGCAUGUGACCUCACAAUUCGAAACCAAUCUCAACAAUUUAUUGCGUUUACAACAUUUACGUAAGCUUGAAUUUAAUUGUAAUCUUCGGCCAAUUGUUACAUUUGUAUCGGGUUUGGCAAUGACAAAUCGCAUCGAACAAUUGGGCAUAUCAUCGGCUGAACUAACACCAGAAUUGUGUGGUGCCUUGUGCAAUUUGAAAAAUUUACAAAUUCUCAAGCUUAUUUCGAUGUACGAUGGCCAAUUGAAAAGCAUUAAAUCGAUUGCACAGCAGCUGGACAAACUCAAAGAAUUUCACGUUAUCGAAUGUGAUGUUAUUGAUUUUGAGCAAAUGCUUGAAUUCGUCGAAAAUGCACCGAAACUCGAAAAAUUGGUCAUCAUUCAAUGCAGCAAAAUCAUUCCGAUCACAUCGCAACAAUUUGUCCAAAUGGCGGAAAGUGCAAUGAAACGUGUCGAUAAAUUGCAGCUCAGCAUUCAUUUGGACUACUAUGAGCUAAAAUUGACGAAAGAAUUGAUCAGCGAUGAAAUGCGCAAAGAAUAUUUGCAUAUUUUGCAAGUGGUGCCAUUGUCCUGGGAAGACAACUAUAAAUCGGGAGUGGUCUCUGACAAUUUGUAUUUUGCCGAAGAAGGUGGCGCAUUUGAUUAUGAUCCGGUCGAUGAUGAUAUUGACGAUGGCAUUGACGAUGACGAAGAAUUUAAUGAUCCAUACAAUGUUUGGACAAACGAAUGCGAUUUCGAUGAUGAAGAUCUCUACCCAUUUUAAUGGCGAACACAUUCCGUGAUAUUGAUGCAUGUGUUUUUUGGUCCAUGCAUGCCACAGGCGUUUAAACCCAAUAAGUUUUGAACAGUUCAACUUUAAAUAAAAACCAAAUCACUGUGAAUGCCACA